AUGCUCCUUGCUCGCCUCUGGCCGGCGUGCCUCACGCUGCUCGUGGCCGGGGCCGCCGCCGUUAAGGUCAAUCCUUUACCAGCUCCGCGCAACAUUUCUUGGACUUCUUCGGGUCCUAAGCAGCUGGCAAGCUUUGUCAGUCUCCGUGCAUCGCAAGAUACCCCUGACUUCAUUCUCGCCAAUGGAUGGAAUCGCGCAUGGGAUUCUAUUGUCUCCUUACAAUGGGUACCCGCAGCGACCGAAGGCCCCAUGUCAUCCUAUCAGCCUUUUCCCACCGCGACGGCCGCGGCCGGGGUCACUAAACGGUCCUCGCAGGCACUGCCAUCGCUGCAGUUUGUUGAUGUGAAUGUGGCUGAUCUUGACGCGGAUCUGCAGCAUGGAGUUGACGAGUCUUACACACUGGAGGUCACCGAGAGCGCUACUUCAGUCGUCAUCGAGGCACCCACUGUCUGGGGAGCACUCCAUGCCUUUACUACUCUCCAGCAGCUGGUCAUCUCUGACGGACAGGGCGGCUUGAUAAUCGAGCAGUCAGUUAAGAUCCAGGAUGCGCCGCUCUAUCCUUACCGGGGUAUCAUGCUUGAUACUGGUCGAAAUUUUAUCUCAGUUAGCAAGAUCUAUGAGCAGCUGGACGGCAUGUCGCUUUCUAAGCUCAAUGUUCUACACUGGCACAUGGAAGACACCCAAUCGUGGCCAGUGCAGAUUGAUGCCUAUCCAGAGAUGAUCCAUGAUGCCUACUCCCCGCGCGAGGUAUAUUCACACGCCGAUAUGCGCAACAUCGUAGCGUAUGCCCGAGCACGCGGCGUACGGGUCAUUCCUGAGAUUGAUAUGCCCAGCCAUUCCGCUUCUGGAUGGAAACAGGUUGACCCCCAGAUGGUCACCUGCGUGGAUUCCUGGUGGUCUAAUGAUGAUUAUGCCUUGCAUACCGCGGUAGAACCCCCACCUGGUCAAAUGGACAUCAUUUACAACGGCACAUAUGAUGUGGUCCGAGAGGUAUAUAAUGAGCUGUCCGGUAUCUUCCCGGACAACUGGUUCCAUGUUGGAGCGGAUGAGAUUCAGCCUAACUGCUUUAACUUCAGCAGCUACGUCACCCAGUGGUUCGCAGAGGAUCCGUCGCGCACUUACAAUGAUCUGGCCCAGUACUGGGUAGACCAUGCUGUACCGAUCUUCCAGAACUACAGUUCCUCGCGGCAGCUGGUUAUGUGGGAAGAUAUCGUGCUAUCUACGGAACAUGCGCAUGAUGUACCCACAAAUAUCGUGAUGCAAACCUGGAACAACGGGCUGGAUUACAUCAAUCAGCUGACUGCCAAAGGCUACGAUGUGAUUGUGUCAUCAUCGGACUUCAUGUAUCUGGACUGUGGGAUGGGUGGCUUCCUAACCAAUGAUCCCCGAUACGAUGUAAUGAGCAAUCCAGAUCCAAACACUCCCAACUUCAACUAUGGCGGCAACGGAGGCUCGUGGUGUGCGCCGUACAAGACGUGGCAGCGUAUCUACGACUAUGACUUCACGCAAAAUCUGACUGACGCCCAGGCCCAGCACAUCGUGGGCGCGGAGGCACCCCUCUGGUCGGAACAAGUAGAUGAUGUGACUGUCUCCAGUCUGUUCUGGCCGCGCGCCGCUGCUCUGGCAGAGCUGGUAUGGUCUGGGAAUCGGGAUGAGAAUGGACAUAAGCGCACGACGCUGAUGACGCAGCGUAUUUUGAACUUUCGCGAGUACUUGGUGGCCAAUGGGGUGCAGGCGAAAGCGCUGGUUCCUAAAUACUGUGUGCAGCGCCCACAUACCUGCGACUUGUAUCGCAACCAGAGUGUAAUUCAGUAA